UUUCCUUUCUUAAACAUCGCCUCCCAAAAGGGAAAGAAGAAGAAGUAGAAGAAGUCGGCGACGGGAACCGACGAGCGGGUCCCAGUUUCUUUAGAAACCCUAACUAACAGACGUCCGUCUUUAGCUCCAAUUCGGUAAAUCGUUUGGUUCUUCCUGACACUUUCUGAAUCUGCUUUGUAUGAGCAUCGAUAAGAAGGGUCUCCAAGUUUGGUGGCUUAAAAUGUCCGUCUAAAUCAUGGAUCAUAUGACAAUGAUAGCUCAGGACUUAGGUGGUGAUGCUUUAGAUUUUGAGGUGGAUGGUGCUAAGUAUGAUAAUCUUAACGAAAAUGAUGUCUCCGAUGAAGAAAUUGAACCCGAUGAGUUGGCGAGAAGAAUGUGGAAAGAUAGAGUUAAACUCAAGAGACUUAAGGAAAGGGAAAAGCUUGCUGCUCAACAGGCAGCUUCUGAAAUAUCUAAGCCAAGGCAAAUAUCUGAUCAGGCUCUUAGAAAAAAGAUGUCCAGGGCACAAGAUGGGAUUCUCAAGUACAUGCUGAAGUUGAUGGAGGUGUGUAAUGUCCGUGGGUUUGUUUAUGGAAUUAUUCCAGAGAAGGGAAAGCCUGUGAGUGGUGCUUCAGAUAACAUUAGAGCUUGGUGGAAGGAGAAAGUGAAGUUUGAUAAGAAUGGGCCUGCUGCCAUUGCUAAAUAUGAGGCAGGGAACUUUGCGGCCCAGAAUGCACAGAACGGUGGUAGCAAAAGUCAUCAUAGUCUUAUGGAUCUCCAGGAUGCUACACUAGGAUCUCUUUUAUCAUCAUUGAUGCAACACUGUAACCCACCACAACGUAAAUACCCAUUGGAGAAGGGUGUUCCCCCGCCUUGGUGGCCAUCUGGAAAUGAGAACUGGUGGAUAGGUUUGGACUUACCAAAGGGUCAUGCCCCGCCAUAUAAGAAGCCACAUGAUCUCAAGAAGGUGUGGAAAGUUGGGGUAUUAACAGGUGUGAUUAAACACAUGUCUCCCAAUAUUGGAAAGAUCAAAACCCAUGUACGGAAGUCAAAAUGUUUGCAAGAUAAGAUGAGUGCCAAAGAGAGCUCCAUUUGGUUGGGAAUUCUGAAUAAAGAAGAAAUGAUUAUCAACCAGCUAAGUAGUGAUAAUGGGAUGUCUGAUGUAACUCAGCAUGGUGGUCAUGGGGAGCAUAGGGAGGAGGCAAACAGCAGUAGUGAUGAAUAUGAUGUUGAUGGCCGUGCAGAUGCUCUUGGAUCAACUUCAUGCAGAGAUGGUGAGAGAAAUCUGCAGGUCCAGAAACAAGAUUGUGCAGAGAACAUAGCAUCUACUUCAAAGGAGGAUAGCCCAACUGAAAUUAUCAACCAACUUGGUCAAAUCAAGGAGCAAACAAGUGAACGUCCAAAGAGAAAAAGACCUCGAGUAAGUGCUGUAUCUUCUGACAAACGGGCAGCUCCAACUCAGAAUGAGCACAUACCAGGGGAAAUGACAAAUGCUAGACCAGAUAUGAAUGGCACAAACAUCUCGAGGUUGAUCCGUCAUACACCAAGUGUUCAUAACAAGGCCUAUUUGAAUCCAAAUCCGAAGCAUCAAGAGAGAGAUCUUCGAAGCAAAUGCCUUGCACUGCGAUCUGGGAUCAGCAACCUUGAAAGCUUGCAUUCUGUCAAUGUUGCUACAGAAAACAUGGGUGUUGGUUACCAACCAUUAGUGUUCCCAGACGUUGGGAAUAAUGAGUUGCAGUAUGCUACCACAAUUGAUAAUGGGGCCAACUGUGAAUUUUAUAACUCAUCAGGGGGCUUCAGUAUCCUGCAAGAUAAGCAACAGCACCCUAUCUCUGUUACUAGUCAUGGAAUAAGGUCUGACAAUAGCGGUAAUCCUGUCGAGAAUAAUUCUUAUGACUAUUUGACGACACCAAAUGUGAAUUCACAUACAGGUUUUGGAGACAUGCAUUUAUUCAUAGACGAACCAUUCUGCACUGAACAAGAUAAGUUAGUCAGCAAUUCGUUCGGACUGCCAUUAGAUUUUAUUGGGAUCAGCAGCCCAACCUCAAUUCCUGAUCUUGGUGACAUACUGCAUGAUGAUGACCUAAUGGAGUAUUUGGGAACAUGAGUAAGAUUAUUGUCAUGGGGUUUGCUGUUAUCGUCAAUCUUCUCUGCUAACUUUGAUCACCAAGGUCGCAGAUUGUUUACCAAGACCUGCCCUACAAGUAAUGAAGUUUUUCUAGGGUUUAGUAGCUGAUUUGGUCCGAUUGAGCUGAAUCAACAGAAACAAGACCAGGCUGUUGGAUCAUUCAAAGGGUAUGUUUUAGAGUUCUUGAUUUGUUACCAGUUCGACAGAAUGGUUGAUUCCUCAGUAACAGUCCUUUCCUCAUCCUCAAUGGUGUCACCUCUCUCUCCCAACCUCCAGGAAAGCUGUCAUAAGUAUCUAAACAGAUCGAAGGUGUCUUGUGAACAACAUGGGAAGCUUGAUCCUGGAUCGAAGAUGGUCAUAACUGAUGUUGGGAUCCUGAACUGGUACACAACAAUGAUCCCCUCGAAAGUUCGUCUGUGGGUUUCUAGAUAGAAGCUUUACAGGUUUAUCAGAUAUCAAUCUAUUCAUAACUUCAUGGGAAGCUUUACAGGUUUAUCAGAUAUCAAUCUAUUCAUAACUUCAUGGAGUAUCGUUAAAGUAUAUUUUGGCAUGGAGCCAUCAAUCACCAUAAAAUGUCUCUGCCUUCGAGUUGGGGACAUCUUGUUGUUCAUGUCUUGUCAAAUUGAUAACGAGGGUGGUUUAAUCCCUUGUUCAAUUGUUAGUUUAGAGAGAGUACACAUCGCCUACUAAUUGCUCUUGUGGUUAGUAAGUGUUGUCCAUAUCUUAUAGAACUCCUGCUUUCUUCCUUUUUAAUAAUGAAAAAUAGUGGAACUCCUUCGAUGUUGACAGUA